AUGGCUGAUUCUAACUGGUUCAUCCAAGACAGCCAGAGCUCAGAAUGGACUAAAGAAGAGAACAAGAAGUUUGAGAGUGCUCUGGCUAUGUUUGAUGAGAAAACGCCUGACAGGUGGCUGAAGGUGGCUUCAAUGAUACCGGGGAAGACGGUUAUCGAUGUGAUCAAGCAGUAUCAGGAGCUGGAAGAAGAUGUUAGUGAAAUAGAAUCUGGGAGGUUUCCAAUUCCAGGGUACCUUACAUCUUCUUUCACAUUGGACUUGGGAGAUGAUCGAAAUUUUGAUGCUAAUAGAAAGAGGCCUUCUGCAGCUCGAGGUUCUGAUCAGGAAAGGAAGAAGGGAAUUCCAUGGACAGAAGAGGAGCACAGGCGGUUUCUGAUGGGACUUCUAAAAUAUGGGAAAGGGGACUGGAGGAAUAUUUCCAGGAAUUUUGUAAUCUCAAAAACUCCCACACAAGUGGCAAGCCAUGCUCAAAAAUACUUUAUGAGGCAGCACUCAGGAGGGAAGGAUAAAAGAAGACCAAGCAUCCACGACAUAACGACUGUCAACCUCACAAGCACUACUCCACCAGAAAAUAAUAGGCCUGCUUUAGACCAGUCUCCACCAGAGCAGAAGUCCACUGAAUCACCAAAAGCAUUACUUGACUGGAAUGCUUGUGAUGAUGGAGGAGCCAUGGUUUUUGGCUCUACUCAUGGCAGUCUUUUCGAGUCGUCUCCGUAUGAUGUAGCUGCAGAAGGGAUUAAGCUACAGUUGCAAAAACUCUACAGCAGUGCUAAUUUUGCUGCUCAUGCCAAACCCCAAAAUUCGAUGUAUCUAAUGCAGACCUCAAGACAUCAGAUACAUGGAAUUGAGUUUGUCCAAAUCCCCCAGGAUGGUUUAGCUGUGAAAGCAUUACAAAGUAACUGCAGUUUUGAGCUGGGAAAUAAACAUGCAUACAUCAGUGAAUUUCCUAGUGGUGCGUGGUCUUAUUUACACCCUAUGGAUUUGCACUUGGAAUGGCUGUGGUUGAUUAUGGUUGUUUCACACGUGGAAUGA